UUCGAUUUGACAAGACAUUGGCGUCGAUAUCGAAAGUAUCUAGGGAACGUAACUUUCAAAACUUUUGCUAAAUCAUAUUAUCCAAAAGAAGUGUCUAAAAGACAACCGGAAAAAGACAUUCAAUGCGAAUGCAGGAAGAGAAAUGCGUCCUCAAAUCAGAAGUCUUCCACUGUGUCAAGUCGAGUGUCCUCAAUUCAGCUGGGCGGUACGGAACAACUCAGAUAAUGUUGCAAUAGCACUACAACCAGAUCUUCAGAACCAACAGCAGGAUGAAGAGGAAACGGAUGAUAAAGAUGUUUGUUAUUGCUUAGAACGAGGGUUCAAACCAACCCUGUUCCCACAUCCUGUAUCUUGUGUCUGUACAGAUGAACCUUGUGCACCAACCAACGAGAAGUAUAGGUUCUGUAAGUUGAAAAUGGACCAGAGCAUUGGUGAUAUGAUGGAAGAAACCUUUUUGGAAAACCUACCUCCUCCAUCCAAACCAGCCCCGUUUUGUAAAGAGGAUAAAGUCAUAAAGAAAAUCAUGAGAUCCGCCUUCAUACCGGAGGAGGUUGAUCUAACAGCCGACAAUGCUUGCAUGCAAUGCCUUGCCAAAGAUGCAAAUCUUUUCAGAGAACUCAUGGAUAGCUUCAAGAAAAGAUCUGAGAGGACAAUCGAUAGAAAGUUGGACAAACCCGGAGAUCAAAGAUCACUGCCGAAUAAGGGAGGUGGCUUAGACUGUUUCGCCGAAGAUAUACUGGCCGAAUCCCAAGCGACUAUAGAUCAGGGUUGCAAGUGGAAAAAAGACGUAAUAAAGUGUACAUGCAAGCAGCAAAAACACGAUGUGUGCAAAAAUUGUAACAGGUGCAGGUGCAAUUGUGGACAAAGCUGUUUGAAAUGCACUUGUGAAAAAGCAUCACCAAGGAAUAAAAAAGGCGUCACCAUCAAAGGCGAUAAAAAAAAGAAAGGGAAGAAGGGUAAAGUCAAAUCCCCGAAAAAGGCAGGGGGAAAAUCUCCAGGCAAAAAGUCGAAAAAAAAGGGUAAUGAUAUAAUCUGUGAACGUUUUGAGUUUGUCGAGUCCAACUCUUUAUAUCAAAACGAUGAUAAACAAAGCGAAGAUCGCGAAGAUAUUUCUUCUCCGAUUCAAAUCUACGAACAUUUUUCCGUUAAAGAAAUUAGAUCAGGAAGCUCGAAAAGUGUCCCCGAAGCUCCGGUAGUUCAGAAAGUUUCGAAUGAUUCUAAGAGCUUAGCCACCAAAUCAUCAUCCGGUUCUAAGAAAUCGAAAAGUAAGCCGAAGAAACCUGUAAGGGUACCGUGGAACUGGAACAAUCAACCUAAAGUUGAAGAUCCUAUAAAAACCUGGGGCGGAACCAAAUACUCCUGGAGCAAGAGAUUCAACCUCACCAAGUUGGACAAGAAACUAGAGGAGAAUGAUAAUAAUAAUAACGAUGAUAACAAUGAUAAUGCCAACGAUAAUAACAAUGAUAAUAUGGUUAGAAGUAGGGGCGGGUACGAUAUGUUGAGAUCUGAAGUUGGAGAGCCCUCAUAUUUUGAAUAUAAGCCGAAUUUGAGACCGAUAAAAUACGAGACAACGGUCGUUGAGGAUGACGAAGAAGAAAUCAAGUACAAGGAGCAGAGGAGGUAUCGGAACGGUUACGGAAGGAUGAGAGUAAAGAGCUGGCAUCAAGCUCUAUCAGAAAACGCAAGUAGUGAAGCAGAUAAGGCUGAAAACAUGAAGGAGAAAUCGGAGUUUUCCGAAGAGGAUUUAACAUUAGAAGAAGAGAACGAGGGAACUUCAGACGAUCAUGACAACAAACAGUGUUUUCAUUGUCUCAUGAGCGAUGUCCAACAUCAAUUUCAUGGAUCCACUAAGAAGCUAUGUACCCACGAAAAAAAUGGGGAAAGUUUGGAUAAUACUCAGACUAUGAUUUCGACUUUUGAAGACGAAGACAAUCCUAUAGAUCCUGCAGGUAGAUUACCGACCAUAAUCGAGGAGAUCCCGGAAAAACAGGAUGAAAGUGCGUUGGAGAUGGGAAAAACGUAUCGUAUCGAUGAAUAUAAAAUUCCCGGAAAGGCCAAAACAAGGCCAAAAACAGUUGAGCCUCCGGAGGUACCCUUCUUCAAUGUGAUAAAGCAAAGAAUCCACUCACGCAACAAGACUCUGGAGGACUUGAAUCAGUUGAGGAACGAUGUCUCCAACGAGAAGACAGAAAACGAACAUACCUGCGUGCACAGGUUCACAGUAGACGAUCGACUGUUUCCAAAACCGUUGCACUGUGACCAGUCGGGAACUAGUUGCUGCGUCUAUUGUGACAAGCCAAUGACUUCGAGUGAGAAGUCCGUGUUUCUAGACCAGAGGGACUCGAAAGAGAAGCUAGCGAAGGAAAGUAAUAGUAGCGUCCAGAAGCAAGUGUCGAAAUUUAGCCUGAAGCCGAAACCGGUUCAUAUGGGGGCCAAGAAAAGUGUGAUGGAAAUUAGGUUAAAGCCGGAGCACAGUGAUCUACUGAAUAGAAACAACGGUGAUGAUAAAAACGGAAAGAAGGAGUUUUACCCAGAUAGUCUGGCUUUGAGACAUCAGAGGAAAUGAUCUUGAGUUGGUUACGUCAGAGUUGUAUUUCUAGAAGGUUUAAUGGAUAAAAUUAAAGGUUUUACAUCGAUAAA